AACAAUGUCAACCAUUUUCAAAAUUGGAAUCUUUUGUUUUAUUUUUUCUAUUGUUCUUAUAAAUAAUACUGUUAAUACUUUUAGUAAAAAACGGCCAAUAAUCGGUAUUUUAUCCCAAGAAACUACUAGAUUUUCGGAUAAUGAAAAAAGUUAUAUAGCUGCGUCCUACGUUAAAUUUGUUGAAGGUGCUGGUGCAAGAGUUGUACCAAUUCGAAUCAAUCAAAGCAGAUCAUAUUACAGGGACUUAAUGACAAAAAUAUCUGGAGUUUUAUUACCAGGCGGAGCAACAAGCAUCAAACAUGGAGGAUAUGCUAAUGCAGGAGAAAUAAUAUAUCAAAUUGCUGAGGAUAUGAAUAGAAAUGGAACGUACUUCCCAAUUCUAGGAAUUUGUUUAGGAUUUGAAUUAUUAGCAUUCCUUGCAUCUGGCAAGGAAAUGAAAAGAGUAUCUUGUAAUAGCGAAUCGCAAGCUUUACCUUUACAGUUCGAAAGAAAUUUUAAACAAUCAAGAUUAUUUACAAAUGCGUCAGAGGAAAUUAUUGAUAUUUUAGAAAAGGACGAAGUCACUAUUAAUUUUCAUAUAUUUUGUAUAACUAAAGAAAAAUUCAAAACGCAUCGUUUGAAUAGAAAUUGGCGAAUCAUUUCUCAAAAUAAUGACGAAAAUGGCAUAAGAUUUAUAUCUAGCAUGGAACACAUUAAUUUUCCUUUUUAUGGAUUACAAUUUCAUCCGGAAAAAAAUAUUUACGAAUGGAUAAUAGGAAGAAAUAUACCUCAUAGUUCAAACGCUAUUAAGGUCUCUCAGUAUUUUGCUAAUUUCUUCGUGGACGAAGCACGAAAAAAUAAAAAUAAAUUUUCAGAUCGUGAUGAAGAAAUGACAAAAUUAAUUUAUAAUUAUCCUCCUCCAUUAUAUACUGGAAAUACAAAUUCAUACAGAUCAGUUUUUCAACAAAUUUAUUUAUGGUCAGAAAACGAUUUACCAAUGCUCAAUUUUAAUUAAUUGAAGUAAACUUGUUAUAUUUAACUUAAUACUUUAUAAAAAAAAAAAAAAUGAAUAUUAUAUUGUUAUUGAAUAUAUAUUAUACAGGGUAAAAUAUUGUAAUGGUGUUUGAAGGUGUAGGUAUUGGAAUUAACUUCGUCUUUGAAGUCAAUCUAAAAAUCGAUCCUUUUUAUACAAUUACGAAUUAAUUCAAAUAUCUAAUAUAAAUCACUUUUUUUACCAGAAAUUUGUUUAACAUGUUCACACCUGCACAGAUAUUUGUAUUCUUCCCCGAGGGGUGCGGCUUGUACCCCGUUUGUGCUUUACUCCGUUUGGCGGCGCUGCUUUCUUUGGUUCCAUUUUUUAUCUGUUUCAAUUUUUAAGGGGCACUAUUUAGGAUAAAAUUUGGAAUAAAUCAAUUUUUUUUGCAUAUUUCGGCAGUAUAUACUUUUAAAAAUAACAUAUUAAAAUUUCAAUUGCAUAUUUUAAAUAGUUUUUGAAUUACAUCUGAUAUUUCUUGAUUUAUAAUGAUUAAAUAA